CCCCCAGGGAGGGGGGGCCAUGGAUGGCUUUACAACACCGACCAUUUCCUAACGCACACAACGUAGCCGCUUCCAGACGCUCCGAGUGUGCGUAAAAACCGGCAGAACCCCCGCGCGCGCACACAAACUCCUGCAGGUAUCUCUCCCAGUGGAAAAGACCGACCCACCGCCGCGAGGACAGCGCCGAUCAUCUCCACAGACAAUUACUGACAGCAGCAGUGGGAUUUAAGGAAAAGAUCUGCUGGGUUUGAGGCUGAACACAGGAAGGCGAAAGGAACUCCGUCAGAUCUUGGAGGAUGGAGCCAUCCCAGUCCGAGAUGAACAUAUUAUCUAAUGGCAAAAGCGACCACGGCGAUGACACCUGUCUGCCCUCAAAGACGCCUCUGGAUGAGGAGCAAUUUGAGGACCCUGAAGGAGGACUGGAGAGCGAGGAGUUUCUACCCAGUGGAAAUGGAAAAAAGGCCAUUCGCUUCACGGAUUUUGAGGGAAAGACCUCUUUUGGGAUGUCAGUCUUCAACCUGGGCAACGCCAUCAUGGGCAGCGGAAUCCUGGGAUUGGCUUACGCCAUGGCCAACACUGGAAUCCUCCUCUUCUUGUUUCUUCUGAGUGCCGUUGCAGCUUUAUCAGCCUAUUCCAUUCACCUGCUGCUCAAAGCAGCCGGCAUUGUGGGCAUUCGGGCGUAUGAGCAGCUGGGGUACAGGGCCUUCGGCACUCCGGGAAAAAUGGCUGCUGGGAUUGCAAUCACCCUUCAGAACAUCGGAGCGAUGUCCAGCUACCUGUACAUCGUUAAAUCGGAGUUGCCCCUGGUCAUCCAAGCUUUCCUGAAAGCAGAUCCCAACUCUGACUUGUGGUACUUGAAUGGAAACUACCUGGUCAUCAUUGUGUCGGCCAGUGUCAUCCUGCCACUCGCUUUAAUGAAACAACUCGGUUACCUUGGCUACACCAGUGGAUUUUCUCUCAGCUGCAUGGUGUUCUUUCUCACUGCAGUCAUCUUUAAGAAGUUUCAGACUCCUUGCCCCUUUGAGGAGUUUUCAGUCAACAGCACUGCUGCUCACCACAGCCUGAACGUCUCAAACCACGUCCAGGAGUACAUCACCGGGGCUGCGCCUGAGGAGGACGACUCCCACUGCGGCCCUCGGAUGAUCACCCUCAAUACACAGACGGCUUACACAAUCCCUAUUUUGGCUUUUGCUUUUGUUUGCCACCCUGAGGUUUUGCCCAUCUACACCGAGCUUCGAAAUCCAUCAAAGAAGAAGAUGCAAAAGGUGUCCAAUAUUUCCAUCCUUGUUAUGUACACCAUGUACUUUCUGGCUGCUCUGUUUGGCUACCUGACCUUUUAUGAUAAAGUGGAGCCUGAACUGCUGCACACAUACAGCCGCAUUGAUCCUUAUGACACUUUGAUCCUGUGUGUGCGUGUGGCUGUCCUUACGGCCGUGACUCUGACGGUGCCGAUUGUCCUGUUCCCAGUGCGCAGAGCCAUCCUCCAGAUGUUAUUCCCCACCAAACCUUUUAGCUGGAUACGCCACGUCCUCAUCGCCCUCAUUCUGCUCUCCUUCAUCAACAUGCUCGUGAUAUUUGCUCCAAACAUUUUGGGCAUCUUUGGUGUUAUUGGUGCCACAUCUGCUCCCUGCCUCAUCUUCAUUUUCCCUGCUGUCUUUUACAUCCGCAUCGUUCCCAAAGAGGAUGAACCCAUGACCUCUGUUCCCAAGAUAGUGGCUGUUUUUUUUGCCGUUCUGGGUGUCUCCUUUAUGGUAAUGAGUCUGAGCUUUAUAAUCAUCGACUGGACCAGUGGGACCAGCCGCGCAGCGGGAGGCCACUAACCGCCGCUGUGCCGCGCGCUUUCAGGAAAAGGCCUCAUUCUGUAGUGCAGCCAGCCUGAAGGAGCAGCAUCACAGCUGGAGAAACACAUCAGCAGCUGUGCAGUGAGCGGGGGCUUUGUCAGCUUUGAAAAUAAACAGUAUAUUGUGGCAUGUUGAUAGGAAACACUUGUGUGCAUCAGAUUAAAUUAACUUUUGACUGUAACUUAUCAAUAACGGAACAAAACAUUUCAGAUACUAAUAUUAUAUUAUUUAAUUUAAAUGAAGAGCGGAUGGAAUUCAUCUAAAUAAUUAGAUAUAAAUAAGGCAGAGGCUACUUCAGUAGUGAAAAUAACUUGAAAAUAAGGUUUUAUUUUCACCCAAACAGCUGGUACUGUACUGGAGACGAAGGUUUGUACAAUUUAUAUUAUUUCUCCAGGAGACACGGAAGCAUUCAGAGAAAAGAUCUCACAUAUCUAACAGAAAUGUAGAAUAGGUCCAAGGCGUGAUUCAUUUGCAUUUAAUCUUUGGUGCCUUGCAGCAUUCGGGAUGACAACCAAAGCAUACAGUAAAGCAUAUAUUUAUUUAGAUAACUACAAUUCAUGUGUGACUAUUUUUAACUUUUUGAUAACACAAAAAACCCAAUAUGAUGGUAUUUUUUCUUAAAGAGUACAUAGAUUUAAAAAAAGCUGCAUAUUAACAGACAUUUAUUUUAAUAUGCUCUAAAUCAAUCACACAAACGUACCACACUGUGAUCUUUGCCUUCAAACAUUUUCUAUUUAAAAAGGAAUCUCCUUCAGAGAAUCAACUAUUGCUGCACACAAUUAAAAAUAAGUAUUAGAAAAUAGUUAUUUAGACAUAGACUGUGCACCACACACAUUAAGAAAGGCUUAAAUAAAUAUACAAACACCUAAAUUACAUCAAAAACUAUAAUAUGUGUACUUUUGAUCAUUUUUAUAAUAGAGAUAAUGGCGAAAUAUCCAGAGAUGUAAAUUUAUUUUAUUGCAUUUAAGAGAUAAAAAAUGACUUUCCAUUGAAAAUAUCUUUUAAAUUACUUUAACAUUAGAUAUUGCCUGUCUUUUUUGUUUACUAUCUUGUGUUUGGAGAUGCAUUUUGUGGAUGAAAGUAUUUGGACAUAAAGCAACAUAAUGCAAAGAUGGUUCAUGGCCGGCGUCAACGAGGUAAAGCUUUGCUGGUGUGAGUAAUGCCGAGGUGGGCAGCAGGGGAACUUUAUUCUUCAUUUCUCUGGUUUGAAGUGUUCUGAACAUCUCGACAGUUUAGAUUUGCAUGUUUAUCUCUAUUUUCUCUCAUCUGUGGGCUGCACGGUGACUGAUUUAGCUUCUGGAAAUGUUGUGUAUAAUUGUUAAAGUAAUACUUUCAGUUUAAAUUUUUUGUUCUCGCUUUUUAAGUCUGUGAUGUCAUAUUGGUUGAUAGGAUGAAAGGCGAAUUAGGAAGUGUGAAAGAAAAAAAAAUACAGUUGUAAAUCCACCACCUAAAAAAUAGCAUGCAUAAAUGAUUUGAACACUACUGUAUACUUUACUAAGUUUACUAAAAAAAUUGUAUAAUAUUUGAUUUAAAAAUGCUCAAAAUACCCACAGAAAAAUCACAUUUUAAUCCAAGUUUCUUUUGAAAAUAAGAUCCCCACUCUGCAACUUUGAAAAACUUUUUUUGUUUAAAGUUUUUCUUUGUAAAGACUGUUGCAAAUGUGUAGUUUUAGUCUUUUUCUCUGUCCCUUCGUGUAUUUUGCUGUGAUGAACUUUAGCAUUGUCCUGUUUAUACUGUUCAUUGUAAAGAAAUAAGCCAAAAAUAACAACCAACUACCUACAUUUUUGAAAUGUUUUAAAACAAGUCCUGGCUGUUACCAAACAUAUAUCAAAUCAGUUUCUGUAAUUGACAUUCAAUGAACCUAUGUCACAUGUUUCAUAUUUAACAGCUUCUGUUCAAUAUUCUGAUCUUUAAAACCAUACCAGUAAAUAAAAAUGAAAUAUUGAUGAACAACCUUAUAUUAAUAAUGUACAGUAUCUGAAUGUAAACAUUUUUUUUUAUUUUCAUGCAUAUUUACUGUAGCUUGUAAAGUGUAAAUAUUUGGGACAGUUUUAGUUUGGUAAAUAAAAUAAUUGUAGAUGCCUUUAAA